AUGAAUAUUCUUUCUUUAAACAUCAUAGGUAUUAAUGGGGGAGCUAAAGCCAACUGGGUUAAGGAAAUUAGGUUGUCUAACAAAAUCGGGGCUGUCGCUUUGCAAGAAUCUAAGUUGGAGUCUGUCUCUAGAUCGGGGCUGGUGGGUUUUUGGGGCAAUAACACUUUUGAGUUUUCUUAUGCUGCUUUUGUCGGUCUGUCUGGUGGGUUGAUUUGGAUUUGGGACCCUAAUAUUUUUAAAGCUGAUGUGAUUAUCCAGAACAGAUGUUACCUUUUGGUUAGAGGUUCGAUGGUCGGUAGUGGGAUUCUUUUGAAUUUAAUCAACGUCUAUGCUCCCCAAAGUGUUGUGGCCAAACGCCAACUUUGGGAUGAUCUUACUACUCAAAUUGAGAAAUAUGAUGGGAAGUGGGUGUUAGCGGGGGACUUUAACGCAGUUCGUUCUUUGGAAGAAAGAAAACAUUCUAAGUUUAAAUUGGCAUGUGCUGAGAACUUUAACAAAUUUAUUUUUGAGAACGGGUUGCAGGAAUUCCCUAUGCAAGGUCGCAAGUUCACUUGUAUUAGGGACAAUGGCAAAAAGCUUAGUAAACUGGACCGGUUUCUGGUAUCCUCAGACUUUUUCAACUCGUGGCCCCAAGCUUGUGUGAGGGUGCUCCCCGGUAGGCAUUCUGACCAUUGCCCAAUUAUUUUGGAGGUUGUUGACCUCAAAUUUGGUCCUACGCCUUUUUGGGUUUUCAGUUCUUGGAUAGGCCAGCCGGGUUUCGAGGAAGCGGUUGUUGAGGCUUCGGAGAGUUUUGUUGCUUUUGAUCCUCCUGAUGUUAGUCUCACUUCUAAGUUUGCUCAUUUAAGAUCACGUCUUAAAGUUUGGAGGGAUGAGUUCUUGUCCAAAGAAAAAGAAAGUGAAAAUAUGGCGUUAUCCGAAUUAGAGUAUUUGGAGAAUGAGAUGGAGUCUAGGGAUCUCACGGAAGAAGAAGAAUGA